UUAGAGCACUAUAAUAAUUUAGGAGCGAAUUCAACAUAAAUCUUGUUAAGAAAAGAGUGUUAUUAAAAAAAUUGAACGAGAUUAAGCGCACAAAAUUGCUUUUAUCAAAGGGAUCAGAUAAUCAGAUUAUUUUUCAUUUAGCGACAUAGUGAAUUUCAGAGCUAAAUACGGCUAUAUACUGAAUUUUUUUUUGUAUUUAAAAAUCUUCCUUGGGCCUAUAAUAAACGCAGCUUCCAUCACCACAGAACUACCUCUUAGAAGUGAAAUUUACCACGUUGUUCCCAUAUAUUUCUUGGGGAAGGGAUAGAUAAAUUUGUAAGCCCUCCUACAGCCUACAAGUCCUGGAUUUUACAGUGUUUCCACUGUCAGCAGAAGUUAAUUGUUAUGAAGGAAAUGAAGCUAUGGAAUAUAAUAAAUUGGAAAAGUCAGAUAUGGAUGAUGGUGAAGAAGAUAAUAUAAGUGAGGAUGAAGAUGAUGAGAAUGAUGAUGUAGGUCCAGAAAAGGAGGAACGGAAUGAAGGUAAUGAUGACAGUGGAAUGGACGAAGAAAAUAAGCCACUGAAGAGGAAAUACGUUGAGGAUGAAAAGGAAGGUACAAAGGAAAAACGAAAGAAGGUUAAGCCAGUGGACGCUGGUCUGUAUAAGCCUCCAACUGUGAAGGAGCUGAAUCAGCUCAGGGAGACAGAGAAUCUGUUCCAUUCAAAUCUGUUUAGGUUACAGAUACAAGAAAUGUUGAAGGAAGUCAAUAUAAGGGCCAAAUAUAGGACCUUGUUUCACUGUUGGAUGGAAGAUUUCAAGAAAACUCUUGAAAACAUUGAAGAAUAUGAAGAUUAUGAUAUAAUGGAUCGCAAUUGGCUGAAAGAAUUUAAUUUGAAAAUUCCUAUACCCUACCUACCUCAAAUAAUGGGAGUCUUCAAGUUCAUAAAACCAACAUCAGUUUCAGUGGUUGGAUCAUUUGGAGCAGGCUGUUGUCUUGGGCCCAAUAUCAAGAUUGACUUCAGAGUUGAAAUGCCACAGAUUUGCUUUGAUGUGAAGGACUACCUAAAUCACAAGUAUCAUGUGAAACGAGCGCUCUAUCUAGCGUACAUUGCUGGAAAACUGCAGGAAAGUGAGCUGGUGGAAGAAAUGCAAUUUUCACAGAGCUGUGGUAAUCCUUUGAAGCCAGUCCUUGAGGUGAAGCCCAAGGGAAAGCUGGGUAAACGGGUUAUUAUUUUGGUGCACCUGACAUCUCCUGCUGGUGUCUUCAAACUCUCACGUUUCUCUCCAGAGAAAAACAAUGUACGCCCAAAUUGGUAUUUUAAAGAGAAUGAAAGAGUGGAAGAAGAGUCCCUUUCACCAACUCCGCAUUACAAUUGUAGUAUACUGAAAGAUCUUGUCCUGGCUGCAAAUGAGGAUUAUCGCACUAACAUUCUGGAAAAUAACCCAAACCUGAAAGAUGGAAUUUUACUUCUGAAGGUUUGGUUGAAACAAAGAGGACUAGAUCAGGGUUAUGGCUGUUUCAGUGGCUACAUCAUGUGUAUGUAUGUUCUGUACCUGCUGCAGUCUCGUCGCAUUAACAGUGUCAUGAGCAGUUACCAGGUUGCAAGAAACACCUGGAACAGUCUGGCAAAAAGUAACUGGACUACAGAUGGUAUCAGCUUAGCACAAUCAUUACCCCAACAGUCUGUUCCUAAUUUCCAUCAUCAUUUCGAAGUUGUAUUUAUUGAUGUGACUGGCUCCUGCAAUUUUUGUGCUAACAUGAGCAAGGAAACUUUCUUGUGGGUGAAACAAGAAUGUGACUUGGCAGUAAAAUGUUUGGAUAAUCCAAAUAUUAACAGCUUCCAGGCCCUCUUCAUGACAUCCAUGCCUUUCUACCGUCAAUUUGACCACAUUAUAAGGGUGCAAGAUUUCACCAUGAUUAAGAAGCUGGUAGAAGAACACAGUCCUCGAAUGCAGAAGUUGGAUUAUACAGGCCAUGUGUAUCCUCAAGCAUUGAGUCUAAUCCUUGAAGUACUGAGGAAAGGUUUGGGCCAACGAGUGAGGCACAUCAGUAUUGUAUUACCGAGUACUGAGCGCUGGCAGCUUUCCAAGUGUCCACCUAUGUCAGGUCAACCGAUAACACUGGGUUUAACCUUGAAUCCAGAGUUUGCUUUCAGCGUUCUGGAAAAGGGACCAGGGGCAAAUUUGCCAGAGGCAUUUGAAUUCCGAAAAUUCUGGGGCAAGAAGUCAGAAGUGCGUCGGUUUCAAGAUGGAAGUAUAUCGGAAGCUGUUGUAUGGAAUAGUGGCUCAGCAACAUUGGCUCAGAAACGAAUGAUAUGUCACAAGAUUGUUACUUACCUUCUCAAUGAAAAAUUUGGCUUUCCCACAGAGAAUGGAAUCAUAUAUGUGGCAGAUCAGUUGGAUUCAUUGCUAGAGCGCAGCAUGCUACUUCCCGCUGAUUUUGAGUAUGGUACUGGUGAAGAAGCAACAGUGAGAGUUAUUGGUGCUCUAGACAGUCUUGGGAAACAAUUACGGCAGUUGAACGACAUUCCGCUGGAAGUGAGUGCAGUUCAAGGAACAUCAUCAGUGUGCCGCUACUGUGAUGUAUUCCCACCUCUCUCAUCUUCAUGUAAAGUACCUAAAGAGGUUAGGAAAGAAGGAAAGAGCCACUUGCUGCCUACAGAAAAUGCGCUAGUUAUAGCCCCUCGUUGGAUCACUCCUGUUGAUGCAAUUAUUCAACUGGGAUUGAGUGGAAAGUGGCCAAAUGAUUUAUGUGCUAUUCAGAGGAUCAAAGCUGCAUUCUACAUUAAGAUUGCAGAGGGCCUGUCAGAACAGUUCCACCUUACAGUUCAGCCAUAUCCAGACUGUGUCCAAAUUUUGAAGGAUGGUUUCGUGUUUUGCUUACAUGUGGCAUACCAACGUGAAAUAUCUCUCCUUAAAGAGACAACCACUCCAGAGGGAGUUACCAAGUACAGAGACACAGAAGAAUCACUUGCACUGGAGAAGAGCAUUGUUCACCUUCCGAAACUGACGAGUUCAUUGCAUGGCCUGCACCAACAGUGCUCAUCAUAUGGUCCAACUUGUUGCCUUGCGAAGCGUUGGAUGUCAUCACAGUUGCUGGAUCCUCACCACUUCCCAGAAAUGUGUAUUGAGUUGUUAGUCGCAUCCCUUUACCUGAUGCCAGAACCAUAUCAGCCACCAAACCAGCCACAGCUUGGGUUCUUUCGGUUCCUUCACCUUUUGGCUCACACCAACUGGCAGACUGAGCCUGUUAUUCUCAACCUAAAUGCUGAGAUGACCAGAGAAGAUAUCCUGGAAAUUGAAACAUGGUUUCACAGUCACCGCUCUACAUUGCCUCCUUUGUUCUUAUCAACGCCAUAUGACAAGAAAAAUUCCAUCUGGACAAAGGAAGCUCCAUCUCUGCAGAUACUUAUACGUGCGGCCAUGCUUGCUGGGGAGGCUCUUAGAGUUAUAGAAAGCCUGUUGUUCUCAGCCAUAAAAUCAGAUUGGAAGCAAAUCUUUCGGCCAUCUCUAGAAGCUUUUGAUGUGCUAAUACAUUUGUUCCCCAAGCUGAAUUCUCGUCGCUAUGAAGCAGUGGAUGUAAAGUCUGACAAGUCAAAUUGUCAGCUUCAGUCUUAUCUCAAAGAGCCUGGAGAAAAGAUCCCAGUUACAGGCUUCAACCCUGUUAACUGCUUUCUAGCAGAGCUAAGGGAGAAUUACAGUGAUUAUGCACUAUUUUUCUAUGAUAUGUAUGGAGGUAAUAUCAUUCCUGUACUUUGGAAGCCGUCAGCCUUAUUGCCAAAAGAUUUUAAAGUGUCACAUAUAAACUGUCACAAACCUUCUAAAGAUGGUUCCAAAGUUGAAUUGAAUGUUGAUGCAAUUAUAGAUGAUUUCUAUAUUUUGGGAAAGGGUGUUGUUUCAACCAUUGAUGUGAAAUCUGGCAGUGCACUGUGAAGAAUGUCACUGCUGAAAGAGCAGGUAACAGUAUUAGAUGGAGCUAAACCCAAUCCCAGGACCAGGGUAAGGAGUGAGGCAAGGUGCCAGAGGUUUUAGGGAAGAGAAAUUGAGAUACAGUUAAUAAAUUGGAAAAAUGUAUACAGGAAGUGGAUUACUGUCCUGUUCAGAGAUGGAGCAACUUUACAGAAAGAGAAUGAUAAUGACGGAUGUUCUGAAUCAUCAUCAUCAUCGAUCAGAGUGGGCCAUCUAACAGUGCCCUAUCCAGUCUCUUCUGCCUCCCAUAAGCACUUCCAUUAUUUAUUUAUAUAUCCACUGACCCUACUGUGUAAUCUUCUCAAACUUAGGCCAUCUCUGUUGUCACUGCUGUCCCUAAUGGCUUACUUAUUCAUCAUCUUUAUAUUUGGAAUCUCUUGGACCCUUUUGUCAUCCAUAUGUAACACCUGUCCAUGGUAGUGCAUCCUUAAUUUCAACAACUUUUUGUGUAGUGUUUUAACCUUCAUAUGUUUCCUAAGUCAUAGUAUCAGGUUGUAUCCCUUUCCCAUUCUUUAAUUUUUAUAUGGAAGUUUAUUGAUAAAUCAAGCCUGCAUGUACAUGAGUGGUUUUAUAUUUGUUAAUAAAAAUAACAAAGUUUUGCAAAACGUU